AUGGAGCCAGAACCUGGGGCCAAUGGAACAGUUGUUACUGAAUUCAUCCUGCUGGGCUUGGUGGAGACACCAGGGCUGCUACCAGUUGUCUUUGUGCUCUUCCUCUUUGCCUACCUGGUAACAGUUGGGGGCAACCUGAGCAUUCUGGCAGCCAUCUUGGUGGAACCCAAACUCCACACCCCCAUGUACUUCUUCUUGGGGAACCUGUCAGUGCUGGACAUUGGAUGUAUCACUGUCACUGUUCCCUCAAUGCUGGGUCGUCUGUUGACCCACAAGCGUGCUAUUCCUUAUGGAGCUUGCCUCACACAGCUUUUUUUCUUUCAUCAGUUGGCUGGUGUGGACUGCUUCCUGUUGACAGCCAUGGCCUAUGACCGAUUCCUGGCCAUCUGCCGGCCCCUCACCUAUAGCACCCACAUGAGUCUGAUGGUCCAGAGGAUUUUGGUGGCUGUGUCCUGGGCCUGUGCCUUUACCAAUGCAUUGACCCACACUGUGGCCAUAUCCACCCUCAAUUUCUGUGGUCCCAAUGUCAUCAAUCACUUCUACUGUGACCUCCCACAGCUCUUCCAGCUGUCCUGUUCCAGCACCCAACUCAAUGAACUGCUGCUCUUUGCUCUGGGUAUCCUAAUGGCAGGUGCACCUGUGAUUCUUAUUGUCACUUCCUACAUCCACGUGGCAGCUGCAGUUUUACGAAUCCGCUCAGUGGAGGGCAGGAAGAAAGCCUUCUCCACAUGUGGUUCCCACCUCACUGUGGUGGGCAUCUUCUAUGGGACAGGUGUCUUCAGCUACAUGCGGCUGGGCUCAGUAGAAGCUUCGGACAAGGACAAGGGGAUUGGCAUCCUCAACACUGUCAUCAGCCCCAUGCUGAACCCACUCAUAUAUAGCCUCCGGAACCCUGAUGUGCAGGGUGCCCUGCGUAGAGUGCUCAUGGGGAAGCGAGCCCUUGCAUGAGAGGUGUCUCAGGAGGGUAGAACCACAGCAACUGGUCCUUGUCUUUCCAGCAUCUUUGAGCUAGACAACUUUUCUUAGGAAUGAAACUUCUUAUUUUCCAGGAUGCUGUCCCCGAUAAUGGGUGUGCAGCUUCUGUAGGCCACACCCUUGGUUCAUUGCCAUUUU